UUAGAUCGUUCAUUCAUCUCUCUUCUCUCGCCGAGUAAAGAGAGCAAGGAAAGCUCAGCCAUGGCCGUUUACAGAGCACCACCGCAAUUGAGCUUCCCGUCUUUCACAACCACGACCACCUCCUUCUCACCACGCCACGUCAGCCCUAUAAUGUCGAACCAAUCACCAAAAUCAAGCACGAGCACCAGCAUCUUCACCUCCGCCACAAAGCUACUCUGGGGCCCAUCUCUUCCUCCGGGUCUACUCAUCUCCACCGCUCGAACAGCCUGGACCACCGUAUGGCAACUCAUGAUGACCCAGCUCGCUCCAUCAGACUCAUCCGGGUCAUACACCCGACCCACUUCCCAAUUCCGCCUAAACCCGACCCAAUUCUCUUCCGCCGCUUCCUCGGAGCUACAUCUCUACGUCGGUCUUCCUUGCCCAUGGGCUCACCGAACCCUAAUCGUACGCGCUCUCAAGGGUUUAAACGACGCCGUUUCCGUCUCGGUCGCGUCUCCGGGUCAAGACGGAUCGUGGGAAUUCAAGGAUUAUAACAGUAUCCCAAUACAGGAUAAGGAUAAAGUUAUCCCGAGUUUGGAUAAGGCAAACCGGUGCCGGAAUCUGAAGGAAGUGUAUAAAUCGAGAACCGGUGGUUACGACGGGAGGUGUACGGUUCCGAUGCUUUGGGAUUCGAGGAAGAAGGAAGUUAUCUGCAACGAAAGCUACGAUAUUAUCGUCUUCUUCAAUUCGGGUCUAAACGAAUUUGCUCGAAACCCUGAGUUGGAUCUCUCUCCACCAGAAUUGAAAGAGAAGAUCGAGAAUUGGAAUCGGAUUGUGUACCCUAAAGUUAACAAUGGCGUUUACAGGUGUGGAUUUGCGCAGAGCCAAGAAGCGUAUGAUCAAGCAGUGAAUGAAAUCUUCAGUACUUUAGAUGAGAUUGAAGAAAACUUGAGUGGUAGUAGAUACUUGUGUGGAGAGAAGCUAACUUUGGCCGAUGUGUGUCUGUUCACAACUCUGUUUCGUUUCGAUCCUGUUUACAACAUUUUGUUCAAAUGCACCAAGAAGAAGCUCGUCGAGUACCCAAAUCUUUAUGGCUAUUUGCGCGACAUUUACCAGAUUCCUGGUGUUGCGGCUACUUGUGAUCUCCCCGCUAUAAUGGAUGGUUAUUAUAAAACGCUGUUUCCGCUAAACGCAAGUGGAAUUGGACCGGCUAUUUCCUCGUCUGGCGAUCAAGAUUCUCUCUUGAGACCACAUAACAGAGACUUGGUGGGUAAAGUCGUUGAAGCAGAGUAUGCGGUUUAAGCGGAGAAAACUGUACAUAGCUCAAAAUGAUAGGAUGAUGCUGUAGCAGUCAAAGUAUAUCAUAUUACAUUGUAAUAAGGGUAUAUAAGCUCUGUUUAUAUUCUGAUCUUUGGUUCAUCUUUCCCUGUAAAACCAUAUAAAUAUACAAAGAAGAGAAACCUUCGACAA